AUACAAGCUACUUGAGGAGGAGUUGCAAGCAGCCUUCUCAAGCACAGAGACAGCAGCAUCAAUCCAGCAGCAGCAUCGGAGAGAGGGAAGAAGGCAUUGAGGGUCCAUUAAUUACUGCUGCCGUUGGUGCACAGGUUUCAGGUUGUAAUUGGAGCCCCCUUGGCAUGCUAGAUUGUUGCACAGCAGUCUGUCAGUGCAGUAUUAGCAACAGCUGGGCUCUCAGUGUGAGAUGUACUGCGGCUAAACUAGGCAAGACUGGAAAACUACUCAGCUCGGAGUUCCGACAUGCUAGGGAAAGACUACAUGCUGGCUAUCAUCCUAGUCAACUGUGAUGAUAACAUUUGGAAUGACCAGAACCUGGAGCCGGACUCUGAUCUCCCGGCUGGAUGGAGGACUAUCCGGGACAGCACAGGGACCUACUACUGGCACAUACCCACAGGCACCACCCAGUGGCAGCACCCUGCUUACAGCUCCGAUGGGGACCAGGCUGCAGUGAGUGGGAUCACCAUCACCGACCACAAGAGGUGGAGUUCCAGAGGCAGGCAGAUUGAGAGCCCGUUGACCUCAAUAAGCGACAGGAGCUCACUUCCCUGGCAGGAGGAGGAGUAUUUCGAGACCAACAGUGACCCAGACUCCAAGUGCUUUGCGGUGCACUCGCUGGGCUGGGUGGAGAUCCCAGAGGAGGACCUGACUCCCGGAAAGAGCAGCCUCGCUGUCAAUAACUGUAUCCAGCAGCUGUCCCACAGCAAGUGUGAAGACCGGGAUGCCAUGGGGGCCUGGGGAGAGGGUCAGGACAUGGUGAUGAUUCUCAAGAAGGACACCCUCAGCCUGGUCGACCCAGUGGACCACAGCCUCAUCCACUGCCAGCCAAUCAUCCACAUCCGAGUGUGGGGCGUGGGCUGCAACAAUGGCAGAGACUUUGCCUUCGUCGCUAGUGACAAAGACACCUGUAUGCUGAAGUGCCAUGUCUUCCACUGUGACGUCCCUGCAAAGGCCAUCGCCACAGAGCUCCAUGAGAUGUGCUCAAAGAUGAUGGCAGAACGGGCAACAAUGCAUUCCUCGAUGCCCCGGUCUCUGACAAUGGAGAGCAUCUCGCCUGAAGAUUUACCUCUACAAGUUACUUUCCUGGAUGUGGUGAGACAGAGCGUUCAGAAGUUUCAGGUGCUGUACAUUGGACAACUACCUGUCCCUAGGGCUAUGGGGAUGGAAGUGCUGAACAAAGCGAUUGAGAAUGUCAUGAAUUCAGGAGAUAGAGAUGAAUGGGAGCCCAUGGCACUCCAUGUGUCCGACACCAUCUUGGCACUGUGCAAAGGGGAGGACGGGGACGACCCGUUUUGGGAAUGCCAGGUGCGCUACCUGACCUUCCUGGGGGUGGGGCAGGACACUCACACGUUUGCUGUGAUCGUGGACAUGGGACGACAGCGAUUUGAGUGCCGCGUGUUCUGGUGUGAGCCUGACGCUGGCCAUGUCUCAGAGGCUGUGCAGGCUGCUUGCAUGGUGCAGUACCAGAAAUGUUUGGUGGCCCAGACCCCACCGUUAAGGUCCAAGAUUUCUCGCUCUGGGGCCAAAAUUAAGCGAGCAGCCUCCAUGGACAGCUCUGCCUUCAAUCCCAGUCGCCAGGGUAACUCCCCUCCCAAAUUCGGGACCUCCAGCAUGAAAAAAGGGUUGCUGGCCUUCUUCGAGACCUUCAAAAACAAACAGCCAGCAGUGCAGAUGCCCUAGCAAGCUUGGAGUUGAGAACGAGGGGAGAAGAACACAGGCGCCCUUUGUUAUUUUAGGUUUUAAAAGCCCCGAAGUGGAUGGGGAUGUAGUUUUACACUCACAUGAAAUCAUUUGAAACAGAUUUUCCCUAUUUUAAGGGAUUUGUGAUAUCAGCAAUUACUACAAUUAUUACAUAUGGUAACAGGCUGUAUAUCAAUACACAUGAGGUGCAUUUCUUAACCCUAAGCUACCUUGUCAUACUGUAGAACUUUCUUGCAGCAUCUCUGCAAUACCAGGCCCCUGAAAACAAUGUUUCUAAAGUCAGCAUUUCAGUCGUAUUUCAAUGUAUUUUAAUGUGUUUAUACAGAAAUCGGUAAAGCUAUACAGGAAGUGGCAUUAAUACUGCAUGAAUUGGUUCAUUGGAAUUCAAUAUGAAAAAAAAUGAUUUCCAUUCAAAUGCAGUUGAAAACCCUACCACUUAUUGUAAAGUGUUACUGAAAAGUACUUUGUGAUUUCAAUAAUGAAUUGCUUCUAGCUUAAUGUUAAAAAAGUAAUUUUUAGGUAAGAAAAUUGCUGAUUUUUGAAAAUGAACAAUUCAUGUAGCAUAGAUGUAAUGCUUAUUUACAGGUUUGUCCAGCCUAUAUAAAUGUAUUAAGUUGAGUUAUGUAUUUUAUUUAUUUUUUUAUUUUUGUAUACCUCUGUCAUGUAUUGUAACAUAUAUCUUUAAUAGGACAGUUAUAAGUUUUCACAGUUUUAGCACCAACUCCAAGAAGUGCUUGAGAGCACAAUUUUGCAUUCAUUCUAUAAUUUUAUCAUUUCUCUAUGGUUUAGGAAGUAAAAUGCACUGUCUGGUUUGUGAAGUCACAUUAUUCAUCGCUGUUUUUAAUAAGGCCCUGACAUUUUUUUGUAAUAACUGUUAAGUGAUUUAUUACAUAAUAUGACAACAAUCGUUUCAAUUUGCAUCAAUAACUACAAAAUGUGACAGGCUAGUUUUGGAAAAUACAAACGAACAGAGCAAAUGCAGAGAAAUAUUUGUAUCAAUUUGUAAAUAAAAACCAUAUAUAGCCUUGGGAAUUUGGCCCAGGUUUUUAUUUCAAUAAUUAAAAAAAAAAAAAAAAAAAAAAAAAGCAAAAUGAGAUCAUACAGAAAGAUAGUAAUCCUUGGAAAAAAAAGCUAUUUUGUUUGAGGUUGUAAGUUAUAGUUUGGUAUAGAUUUUGGACAUUAAAAUUAUAUUGAAGCUCUCAGUACACACUAUUCUGUCCGUUUUCACUGGCUCACCAUCCUGAGCAUCAAAACCUAUUGUUACAUUUGCAUUUAACAAAUUCAAUUUCCUACCACCACAUUAUUGACAAGGUUUUUGGUUGAUAAGAUAUGUACAUAUUUAUUUCAAAGACACACACUGCCCUACAACAUUUUGACAAAUGAUGUUGACUAUGACUGUGGGAGGACAGUUUAAGAAUUACUAGAAAAGUAUGGGGAUGUAAUAUUCAUGAACGUUAGGUUGCCAUGGAGAUUAGAAAUCAGUGGCAGCUUCUGAAAUAAAUAAUACAAAAAUAAGAAGUCAGACAAGAAUGAGAGGCUCAUGAACAUAAUGGUAGACUUUCAGUUAACCAGAGAGUGUAAAAUGUGUUACAUGUUUUAAGUUAGUAGAAAAUGUUUUGCUGUCAUCUAGUGAUUGGGAAAGGGGAUGGGGGUGGGGGUGUUUGCUGUUUGCGUUAAAUCUGCUUUCUAUAGCAUGAUAAUAUAUCCUGAUACAAUUCAUUAAGCAGUAACUAAAGUUUAUUUAUUUAUUUUUUUUAAUUCUGAAGUAAAACCACCCCACUGCAGUGAGCAACAGGUGGAAUUUCAUAGAAAUGUAUUCUGGACGUCUCAUGGGCUGUAGAAGUUGCAUGCAACAUGUUGCAUGGUAUUAGUCCUGUAAUGCUAAAUGACUAAUUCUUAUUUCUCUAAUGAGAUCAGUGUUUGGGGUACUGUUAUGAAUCUAUAUCUGAUUGCUCAUCCCUAAUAAAUAUUACAGUAUAUUAUUAAAUAUUAUAUCAGACCUCCCGUAUUAGGAAAGAAAAUGUAAGAUUGCUAAUGACUGUAUUAUAUAGCAUGUGAUAGCAGGUUUAUGACACGUCUUGCCAAUUCAUUUGAAACGCUAGCAUAGUGGUUCAUGCUGUACUUUGUUUGGUUUUACUAUUUAUACAGUGAAAAGGAUAUUGCAGUAGAACAAAGGCUAUUAAUGUGUAAUGUAUUUAAAUCUUAGUUUUUUUUUUUAAUUGUAAUAUUGUAUAGACAAUGUGCUGGAGAACCCUUGCAAGGGUAUGUGUUGGUUUUAAUAAUAAACUGCUUGGAAGUUUAA